AUGGAUGUGCCGUGGGAUCGCCAGAGUCAGAAUUCCACUGAUUUUAGGGCAGAGAUUUCUUUCUCGGAAAGGAAUCCUGCUGCUUCUCGAGUUUCUGUUGAUUCGUCAGGUAAUGAACAGAGAAAAGAGAAUCAAUUACUUAAAGGAGCCAAGAAGAUUGAAGCCCCAGAACCGCAGUUUGAAGACCAAGCAGUUCACAGUGUGCUACUUUCUCAAGAUGCUAGCACAAAUCAUGAAGAAAAUGAAGGUCCAGAAUGGCCAAUCCAGUCCGAUACUGCUUUUCCGACCCCAACUCUGCUGUCAACGCUUUCCUCCCAGUUAGAAGCUUCAGUGCAUUCAGCACUUGAUGGAUCUCAUGCAAGUUCGAACUCUGCCUCCUCUUCACUAUCUCAAGAUGGAUCUCCUCUAAGCUUCAGUGCAAUGCAUACCGAAAAGAAUAUUGAACCCCUGCAGUCCCCCAAACAGCAGCUGGUCUCUUCUUUGGAACUAUCUCAAGGUGUUCACUCUGCAGCUGUUAUAGCAACCGACUUUGAGAUAACUUCUGGUAGGGAAUGUGCAUCCUCAUCAGCUGGUAGCAGUGACAGUGUACAAGCCACUAAGGAACUUGUCCAUAAUUCAGCACAAAUACCUGAAAUGACGAUGCCGAAAGAAGAAAAAUCUUGCCACCUCGAUGGCGUCACAUCAUCAUCCUCCAAGUCAUCUGGAUUUGACUAUGAUGUUUUCUUGAGUUUCAGAGGACCUGAUACUCGCUCGGGCAUUACAGAUUUCCUUUAUACAAGUUUACUCUCUGCCGGAAUCCACACAUAUAGAGAUGAUGACGAGCUGAGAAUUGGAGAAGAGAUUGGUCCUGAGCUAUUCAAAGCAAUCAACCAUUCCAAAAUUUUAAUUCCCAUUUUUUCCAAAGGCUAUGCCUUUAGUAAAUGGUGUCUUAAUGAGUUGGCACAAAUGGUAGAGUGUAGGAAAUCAAGAAGACAGAAGAUCAUGCCCAUUUUUUACGAUGUUACUCCCUCUGAGGUUUGUCAUCAAGCCGGCUCUUAUGGAGAUGCCUUUGUUUCUCACGAGAAGCAAUUUGACAAUGAGGUUAUCAGCAAGUGGAAGGCUGCUCUCAAGGAGGUUGGCGAUCUAAAAGGGUGGGACAUUGAUUCAAUGACCACAAGACGAGAAGGAGAGCUUGUAAACCAUAUUGUCCAGACGGUUAUAGCUGAGUUGAAAAGGGCUUAUCUUCUGGUAACUGACUGCUUGGUCGGCAUUGAACAUCACGUGAAGGAAAUCAAUAGAAUGGUAUGUGGUGAUUCAGAGGACAUAGAAAUAGUCGGAAUCCAUGGUAUGGGGGGUGUAGGAAAGACUACUCUCGCCAAAAUAAUAUACAACCGCCUAUCACAUCGUUUUGAAGAUUGUUGCUUUAUUUCCAAUGUCAGAGAAACUUCACAGCUAAAGGGAAUUGAGUGUUUGCAGAAUCAGCUGCUCUCUGAUAUCCUCAAAAGAAACUGGUCCAACAUCAGUAAUGUUGAUGAUGGAAUUAAGACAAUAAAAGAAAGGUUGUGUGGCAAAAAGGUGCUGGUUCUACUUGAUGAUGUUGAUGAAAGGAUUCAUUUGAAUGCACUUAUUGGAAGGCCAGUGUGGUUUGUUUUAGGAAGUAGGAUAAUCAUCACCAGUAGAAACACGGAUGUCUUCAAUGUGCCUGAGGUCUGUUUUACUUAUGAGCUUACAGGAAUGGACUUUAAUCAAUCUCUUCAACUUUUUUGCAAACAUGCUUUUGGAAGAGAUCAUCCAUUGGAUGAGUAUGCUGACUUCUCCAAUGAAGUGGUAAAAAUGACGGGAGGUCUUCCUCUUGCUCUGGAAGUUAUAGGCUCACUACUAUGGGGUAAAAGCAAAGAUGUUUGGGAUGCUACUUUGAAGAAGUUGGAAAAGGUUCCUCAUGAGCAAGUUAAGAGAAAGUUGAAAAUAUGUUAUGAAGCUUUGGAUGAUCGGCAAAAGCAUAUUUUUCUUGACAUAGCUUGUCUUUUCAUUGGAUUUGACAAACGAAUUGUGCUUCACAUGUGGAACGAUUCCAAUCUCUUCCCAGGUGAAGGCCUUCAAGUCCUUCAGCAGAUGUCUUUGAUAAAAAUUGGAGAAGACAAUAAGCUAUGGAUGCAUGAUCAGCUGAGGGACCUUGGUAGAGACAUUGUUCGCCAAGAAUGUAGCAUGGAACCAGAGAAGCAGACCAGAUUAUGGAAUCAUGAGGAAGCUUUGGACAUUGUGAUGAGAAAGAAGGGAACUGAUAAAGUGGAAGCUCUGUGUCUGAAGUUCGACCACCGGUUGCAGCAGUCUUUUCCUAAUGAAGAGUUACGAAGGCUAUCAAAUCUGAGAUACCUAGAAAUGAGGCCUGUCCUGGAUAAUUGGCGUCCGAUUGGCUUUCCAGCAACUGUACUUCCAAUGAAUCCACCUAUCCUAGCUGAGCUGAGAUGGCUUUCAUGUCAUAAUCUUCCUCCAGUACUUACCCUGACCGCUUUUUCCAUGAUGAACAUGGUAAUUCUUGAUCUGUCAUGGAGUAUGUUUUCGGAAAGUUGGGAUGGUUGGGGUCAUAUUAAGAUGGCAAGGAACUUAAAAGUUUUGAAUUUGACUGGUUGUGCACAAUUGCAAAGAACUCCUGACUUAUCUGCACACGUAAAAUUAGAGCAGUUGAUCCUCGAAAGCUGUGGAAGAUUGGUUGAGAUUGACGAAUCUAUCGGGCAGUUGAAGCAGUUGGUUCUUUUGAACUUGAGGUUCUGUCGUAAACUUCGCAGGUUGCCAGAAGAGCUGGUGAACUUAGAAUCUUUGAAGGAACUUCUCAUUGACUGGACUUCUAUUAGAGAAAUCUGA